GCCAGGUGUAGCGUUACCAGAGAGAGGACAGUGACGGUAUAAUUCAGGUGGCUUCGAAACCGCACGACUUAAAACAGCUUGUUUAUUGUUGUGAUUUCUGCACUGGCGGAGAGAGUCUUGUUUUUAAGUUUGAUCUCGCAGUAACCUGGCGAAAAGAUGAAGACGUCUUACAUUUUGACGGUGUCUGUUUUGGCGGCGUUCUGUUUCUGCCUUAGUACCAGUCAAAUGAUGAUGAGAAAAAACAAGAAAAGGGGCAAGAGAAUGCGAUGUGGAAUGAUGCAAAAUAUGCAAGGCAUGGAGAAGAACAUCACAGCACUGUGGGAAAAGGUGAACAUGUUGUCAGUGCCUGUUCACGUACACGUACACGGGGCGAGCACAGAAAGCGGUGACGUCACUGUGAUGGCGGACCACACCAGAGAUGUGGAGGAGCAUCACCAUCACCAUUCUAUGGAGAAACAUGGUCACCACCACGCUAAGGAUAAACAUGGGCAUGACCACGAUAAAGGCAAAGGUCACCACCACCACCACGAUUCUGAGGGGGAAGAGAAGGAGGGUGGAGAAGUUGAGGAGGAAAAGAAUCCAAAUAUUAUGUGGAAUCCAAGGGAUCGCACAGAUAAGAUGUCUCGUCUGAGAAAGGGGGAAGCAGCUACCGGAGGUCGUCAUCACAAGAGACCACGAAGAAUGCGCACAAUGAAUGACGAGGAAGAAUCUGACGACAAGGAUGAGGGCGAAGAGAGCGAGGACAGCUCCAGCGAGGAGGAUGAGGAGGAUGACGAUGACAGGGUGACGAGGGUGGGUCCGAACAUCCACAUCCACCUCAACAUGGCCGACAGCAGGCACUCUACCCACGCCACAGGUCACGCACACCGAGAUCAUGAGCACGGCUUUGCUGGACACGUGUACCCAGCAGAUGAGUACGUAUAUGCAAAAUGUGACAUGCUGCCCAACACUGCGUUUUCCUCUCAGCACAAAGUCAGGGGAUCCAUAUUUUUUAGACAAAAGCCAGGGCAUGAUUUAGAGAUCAAGCUUGACUUGUACGGGUUUAAUCCCCGAGACAGGAGAGGACGGCCCUCGCAGUCCGGAUCCACGCACGGCUUCCAUCUUCACGAGUUUGGUGACUACAGCAAUGGCUGUAACUCUUUCGGGGGUCAUUACAACCCGCACAAGGUGUUACAUGGAGGGCCAGAGAGCCACCAGAGGCAUGUUGGAGACUGGGGAAACAUUGAGGCUGAUCGUAGAGGUGUGGCUAAGGCUUCCAUGACAGUGACGGAGUCCACUCUGUUUGGCCCUUACUCCCUCGUUGGAAGAGGUGUCGUGGUCCACGACGGUCCAGACGACCACGGCGAGGGUGAUAGUGAGGCUAGUAAGGCGUCUGGUAACGCUGGAGGUCGGAUUGCCUGUUGUAUCAUCGGCUGGACCGGAGGAAUGUGGUGAACAGGUUGAAGACAGGCCAAUUAGAAAAAAGCUAACUAUAAAUAGCCUGAUUUUUAAUCGUCCAACUAUUAAUAUCUUUACUGUGCGCAUGCAUGUGGGGAGGUUUCUAAAGUAAGUUACUUGGGGUUUCAAACCGCGGGCUGAAUGAAAAGGGCUGUCGAUUCAAUGCAGUGUCUAGGACAGAGCUGUUAAAGUACUUUUAAAAAGGUACUUAAGUACAAAUUUAAGUACAAUCUAAAACGUGUACUUAAGUACA